ACGUUAACCGUGUGUGGAUAAUUUUUUGUUUUCAACAUAAUACUCUGGUUUCUUGUUUGUUUAUAAGUGAAAAUACUCUUCGAAAACUAACUUUAAGUGUCGGAUAUUUAAUCAGUGUGGAGGCAAUUAAUUGAAAGUUAAAAGUUUGGCGUAAAAAGUUGUAACGAACUCUGCGAUCAGUUGAGAAUUCAGGUGUCAACGAGGAUGAUAUUCUCCUCAUAUACGGCACCUUUCAGCUAAAGUUUAAAGAUAUAUAGUCAUCUUAUAAAGUGGUCCAACAAAAUGAAAAUGCAGCGGCAAUAAGCUGCUAAACGGGUAGUGUCUCGCCAUGCAGCGCGCGGGUGGGAGCAGGGCCUGUGCGCCAUGAGCCACACUCCUAUAGGCGGCCACCCGCAAGGUUGGGAGCACAAGCUUGCAGACAGGUCGUCGCUGCCACCGGCGCCGGGGGAGGAGAAGAGUAAAUCUCAGGCCAGACAUGUGUUCGCACAGCCACAUCUCUCUAAGGCGGGUAUGGCGUCGUGGCGCGAGGAGACGGAAGGCUCUUCGGGAAGCUCCGCGCGCUCGCCCGCCUCUCCGCCCUACUUACGAUGGGCGAGAACCUUGCACCAUCUGCUCGAGGACGCGGAGGGAGUGCGUCUGUUCCGCAAGUUCGUGGGAGGUGCGGGCGGGCUGCACGUGGACCGCCUCAACUUCUACUUCGCCGUGCAGGGCCUGCGACAGGAGGUCGAGCCCGCCAAGAUACGGCAGGUCGUCUCCGCGAUAUACAAGUUUCUGCGCAAGUCUCAGCUAGCGAUGCCCGAGGAGUUGAAACAACGAGUAAAGCAGGGCCUCAAGGACGGCGCCAACAUCGAGAAAACCAUCUUUGACAAUAUGGAGCAAGAGGUGACGCGCGCGAUAACAGAGUCGACGUACCAGUCGUUCCUGCGCUCCGACGCGUACGUGUCAUACGUGAGUGCGGCGACGCAGCCGCUAUCAUCGCCCGACGCAUCGCCGCCGCAUUCUCGGGAGAUGUGCGGAGGUGGUUUAGCCACCCUACACGAAGGGCAAGAGCUAUCAGCGGGUAGCGGAUGUGCGGCGGGGGUGGGGGCUGCAGCCGUGGGCGCACGUCUGACGCACGACGCGUUAAUCGCGACGCAGACGCGACGGUUGCACUCGGAUGUCGCACCGCACCGCAAGCGGUCCGUGUACAGUGCGCACGUGUCGUACGCCGGGUACACGCCCGCGUCCAGGCAGGACUCCGAGCGCGCAAGUCUCAGCAGCGGCCGCACCGAUAGCGAUGCGGUUUCCCUCUCCGGUAGCAGCGUCGACGGCAUGUCAAUGCGAGGCGCGCGCGAGGGCCGCGAGUCGCGCCACCGGCCGCGUCUGUACGGACUCGACCGGAGCCUCAUCAAUAAGGAGCAGGACACCGCCAUGAUGAUACCGCGGACGCAACGGGUCCAGUCGGAACAGCUACGCGUACUGCCGCCCGCAGAGUUCGCGCCGCUGCUCAUAGAGAAGCUAGAACGGGUGAAGCGUGAGCAAGAGAACAAAGAGCGACUCGAGAGGAGGCUGGCUGAGGGUGAGGGUGACGAGGUGAUGGUGCAGUCACUACCGCCGCAGUUGGUGGCCGCAGCGAUCAGGGAGAAACUCCAGCUGGAUGACGACAAUGAUCAGGAUAUUCUUGAUCAGCACGUGUCGCGCGUCUGGUCGGAGAGGACCCCCGGCGCGUCGCCCCCGGGCGGGCGGCGGACGCGGUUGCGACACGGCCCGCACGGGGCUCACGUGCACGGGUCCCGGCGCGCCCCAUCCGCUUUGUCCGCCGACUCGGGCCACUACGACGGGCCCCCGGACUCCGUGCACCAUCCGCACUCCAUUACCCGCAGAUCGUUCUCGAAGAAGACAGUGACGGAGUUGACCGACAGCGGCGUGUCUGUGGUGAGCGAGGGUACCGCCAGCGCGGCGGGCGUGGAGCCGCGUAUCCUGUUGUGGAUAGCUGAGGGUUCGGAGCGGUUGGACCGGCGCAACUACCGCGAGUCCUCGCGGGGCUCUUCGGCGGACCGCGAUGAGCACCGAAGGCGAGACAAGCAGCAGAGGAGUCGCGGCGGCACGGCCACUGGCGGCAGCACUGGCAGCAAGUCGAGCGGCGCGAGCGGCGGCGGUGGCGGUGGCUCCUCGCACCCCACUGGUGGUGACGCUCACACGGUGGUGGUGGUGAGCUUUCUGGACGAGAGCGUGCCGUACCGGUUCAAGGUGCCCGCCGCACCGCUCACCCUGCGCGUUUUCAAGGACUACCUGCCUAGGAAGGGCAACUAUAGAUACUUCUUCAAAACGGAAUGCGCUGACCUUGACAACACGGUCAUUCAAGAGGAGGUUAGCAGCGAUAACGAAACACUGCCGAUGUUCGAGGGAAAGGUUAUGGCGCGAGUCAAGAGUAUCGAGUGAAGUUCUAUCUCACUGAUGUCUGAAGCUCACUUCACUGCGACAACCGCGGCUCACUUCACUCUGUCACUUAGAGCUCACUUCACUGUGUCACCUGACUACGGUCUACAACUUAACAUAUCUGUAUAGACCCUUCGAAACCGUUGAGGAAUUCCAAGCGGAUAUCGCUUUAUCUGUUCUUAGUACAAUUUUUUUUAAAGUUUUCGAAUAUUAUAUUAGAUGUCGAGUUGCUUCGUACGUCAACAGCCAGCGUUUCUAGCGAAAACUUUGUAAAACGAAUCUCUUGGUUUUUUUGGUCACAAAGCUAGGCAUUUUGGAUGUUGAUGUAUGUACGAUCUUGAGAAUUAAAACGAAUAAUGUUCAGAAUACUUUACUCUGACGACUAGACAACCUACCAUCGACGUUUGCAAGUUCCCUAGUUUCGUGCUAGGUGAUAUCGUACUUGCAUAUUUUAUUUGUGUUCAUGUACCAUGUACUAAGAACAGUACCUUGCGUACCAACGCCACAUUAUUAUUGUCGGUUGGAAUACCGUACCUGUUUUGGGGAGGACUUAUAAACAUAGUGAAAAAAAAAACAUGUGAGUGCACUUAAGUGUGAAAACAUACUUCUAAUCGAAGCCUAAAACGAGACGUCCAGUUUGCGUCCGCAGUAGCGUAUACAAUUGCGUUUUGCGUACGAAUAAACAUAUAUAUGACUUGCUUGAAUCUUGUGAUCAUAAGAGUGCGAUCGGACCGCUGCGAACGCAGGUUGUACGCUAGUUGAGACGCAAUGCGUGUAGAUUUUUAUAAGAUCAUAGA